AUGAGUCUUUGUGCAGUACCUGCUCUUUUAACCCCAAAGAAAGAUGGCUCCUGGAGAAUGUACAUAGACAGCAGAGCCAUCAACAAGAUCACCAUCAAGUAUAGGUUUCCCAUUCCUAGACUUGAUGACAUGCUUGAUUUAGUGUCUGGAUCUAGUUGGUUUUCAAAGAUUGACCUCAGAAGUGGUUAUCAUCAGAUCAAGAUUCGACUUGGAGAUGAGUGGAAGACUGCUUUUAAAACGCAAGAUGGGUUGUUUGAAUGGCUUGUCAUGCCUUUUGGGUUAUCAAAUACCCCAAUUUCUGAAAAGGGUUUAGCAGCUGACCCUGAGAAAGUCCAAGCCAUUCGAGAAUGGCCUGAGCCACAAUCUCUCCAUGAAGCGCUUAGGUUUAUCAACUCUCAGCGGCACUUAAAUGCUAAACAUGCUAAAUGGGUUGAGUAUAUUCAGGGAUUCACUUUUGUGGUCAAGCAUCGUUCUGGAACAGAAAAUAUAGUGGCUGACGCCCUGAGCCGUCGGAUCAACUUGUUGCACACUAUGAGCGUUAGUGUUGUUGGUUUUGAAAACUUAAAGGAAGACUAUGUUUCAUGUCCAGAUUUUAGGAUAAUAUACCAAGAAGUUCGCAAUGGUAACCGUCAUGAGCAUGUUGAUUUCAUCCUUAAAGACGGUCAUCUCUUUUGUGGAAGCAAGCUGUACAUCCCAUGUACUUCUAUGCGAGAUUUUCUUAUAUGGGAGUAA